GGCGGGUACUACUGAGCCUCCGUCUCCUUCGAUCGGCUUCUCUCUCUCACACACACACACGAACCACUCUCUGGUGACUGGCCGGCGGCGACGCCAUGAAGCACGCUGAGAAUAAGCUCCCGUACCCGUCGUCCCGCGGCGCAUCGUCAUCGCAGCCGCCCGCGCACCGGCGGCUCUCCCACGCCAUCGCGAAGGCGCCGCCGCGGAAGAUCAGGAUCAUCCACGUCCUGGCGCCGCACAUCAUCAAGACGGAGGCCCGGCACUUCCGCGAGCUCGUCCAGCGGCUCACCGGGAAGCCACCCCAGAAGGGCUCCUGCGCGUUGUCGUCGGCCUCGUCCACCGGCGGGGACGCGUCGCCGUCGCCGUCGCCGUCGCCGCCGACUUCGGUCUCGUCGUACCACACGGCGGGCGACGAGGGCCUCGGCGCCGCGGCGGGGAUCGAGAUGAAGGAGAAGGAGCAGGAGGCCGAGACGUCGUCGUCUCCGUCGGGUGGAGAAGGGGGAGGGUUCCUGCGCGCGCUUGAGUUGGACGGCUACGACGACGGCUUCUACCAGGGCCAGGGCCUCGACGAUUUCCUCUUCAGCUCCUGCGACAUGGACGCCGUGGCCGAUUUUCAUUUCUGAUCAGGUGCAUGUGGGCGGUUUUAAUUUCUGAUGAUGAUCAGGUGCAUGCGCUGGCAGAGCCGGGCAUAUUUUCCCCCUAAAUUCUCCUGGUCAGUCACUAGAGAACGAUGACAAUUUACAGUUAUGUUCCUGCAUUAGAGAAUGAUGAGAAUUUACAGUUAUGAGAUGAAAGAUCUCGAGUUUGCUCGGUUUGCAACGAUAAAUCACUGGAUAUGUACUUCCACUGUUCGUCUCUUUGUCCAUGUUCCAAAGCUGUCUUUUUGAUAGUGUCAUGAGCCCGAUGGAAAUGCGGAAUUAGUUUUGUUAUCAUUUACAACGAAUUUUGUCAGUGUUUGAUUCGAACUCUACUCUGUCUCUUUACCUCUGAAUGCCGCUGCGACUGCAAAUGGAAAGGGAUUUCUCUGAACUCCCAAGUGUUAAUCUGUCAGAAUUCAGUUACUAUUUACUCGUUUAGAACCAGAACUUGCGCCGCACGUUCGUAGGGCGAAACAGACAUGAUCACUAGAAAAAUGAAGUUACAGAUUUUUGCGUCUACCGCGGAGCGUUCUUUUGAUUGUUUUACAAAAGAGCAGAACUCUCUGUGGCAUCAUUCAGCUUUUUCUAGAGAGAGAGAGAGAGAGAGAGAGAGGGGGGGGGAGGGAGUAGUUGCUGCUGUCGCCACUGGUGCUGCACAGCUGCCCUGCUGAUGAGAGCAGAACGGCCUCUACAUUAGCACACCAUCAUUGGACAUGGGGCACAUUGUCAUUUGCUCCGGGCGGAAUUGAACGAUACCAGGCCGUAUCUUGGAAUUUAUCAUUCAGAAUAGCCGAAAGGGAUGUACUACUAAGUAAAAA